AUGGCGCGAAGAGAACUCGUGUCAGCGAAGAUGCUAUUCAACACAACAGAUGACAUCAUAAAGGACACCAACAGACGCAUAGCAGCUGUUGCCUACAUCAGGAAGAAGAUCAGGCAUUCAGCGCCCUUCGAAGCCGGCUUCGUGGCUUGCGUAAUCCAGGAGAAGUACAGACGGAUGGUAGACAAGUACAACGUGAGCCAUUACAUGAAGAAACGCCUGUACACAAUGGAGCUGAUCAUGUACCUGGAGGAAAUAGAACACCAUUACUGGGAAAUAGAUCACUUGUACGGUAUGUUCCACGAAAUUGAGAGGAAGUUUCAUGUGCAAGAGAGAAAGGAGAUAAACGACUAUGUCGAGACAACCAGCGAAGGUUGGAGGAGCACUGGGUCUGGGAAGAAACGCAAAUCAACGUCGUACAGACCGCCGAAACCUAAAAAAACUAGGAAGAGAGAUAAAGAAUAUGUAUAUGAAAAACUGUUGGGAAUUGAUCUCCACGCAUACCUACCAAACCUAUCACCACCGAAAAACCGUAUCAUCAAGGACCUAUCCUGGCCAUCGAAACUAAAGAUUCUAAGGGAUAACCUUGAAAAUAGAAGAGUAGGUCUUCAAUAUUUGCGUCAAGGUUCAGAGAAACCGAAGUCGGAAGAUUCUAAUAUGAAGAUGAAGUUAUUCCGGCUCAUGUAUGAGACAGUAAGAGAUAGUGACUUGAAAGUGAGAAGGGCAGAGUUGAUAAGAGGGCAUUAUAUCAAUUCUUCAGCGUUUGAUAUGGGUUUCAUCAUUGGAGACAUAACAGACAAAUACAAUAUCAUGACAGACAUCUCGCUGACAUUAAAACGCCUCUACCACGAGUGGAAACCAAUGGAGCACAUUAACGCGUACGAGCAGAUUGCGAAUAAGGCGAUCGAAAUCACGAACCUGAUAGACAUGAUUAGAAUCAUUGAGAAGAAGGCGCUGUCAAAGCCGGCUACUGAUGUACGGAGUAAGAAGACCUAUCGCUUGUGAGAGGCCUGCGUUAAACUGGAAUUAUAUAGAUUGAUCUGGAAUAAACUGGAUUUUUCUGGAUUUAUCUGUAAUAAUCUGAAUUGAUCUAAAUUUACAUGGAUGAUUGAAAUUUAUUACA